AUGUCUGCCUGUGAUGCUGCCUGUCUGAGUCUCAUUUUGCAUCAGGAGAUGCCACGACAGAAAGCUAUAGCCGGCUAUGGAGCUAGGGAAGCGGCUGGUUUAUGCAUUCUAAUGAGCGCUGCCUGGGAAAAAUAUGCAAAUUCAUUUUGUCAUCAGGAGGAAAAUAGAGGACAGGAGAGCAGCAGAUACAGGAGGGGCUUAAUGGAGGAGGGCACAUGCAAGAGGCGGGAUUGGGUGGGAGAGAUCUGAGUGUGGACGUCUGUAAAUGUGUGAGUAUGGGUGUGUGUGAGAGAGUUGGGUGUGGGGGGUGGGGGGUACAAGAGCAGGAGGUGUGUUAUGGAAGCAGAGUGAGAGACAUGUAACCCCCAUCCCACCCCCAUCCAGCCAAAACUGCCACUCUUUCUUUAAAAUCAAAAAAGCAAAUGUGAAGAAGAAAUGAUCAUCCAUUAUUGAUACAUUUUCAACUACGCUACUUGAAUUACUUGCAGUAACAACAAAGACACUACUACUAAUAAUACUAAUACAGAUACUACUGAUCAUGAUAAUGAUUCAUAAAAUUUUGUAACAGAAGAUUUUUGGAUUUGGAAUACUUUGUAGGGUUUUUGGAGUAUUUUACCUAAAAAACGAAAUUCCUAAAUCAACAUGUAUUUUUAAAAUAACAUUGCCGUAUGAUAACGAGAGGGUCUGCUGUAAAAAUAAUAAUAAUAAUAAUGCAGGGGGCGAUCAAAGAAUGACAUCUGAAAGGACGUUCAAUCGGAAGGUUAAAUGUGACUUAUUCUUCAACACUCUGAUGUACUCGCUUGGGUUGAGCGAUUCAAACCCACAGUAACGUGUCUUACCUACAAACACGAACAAUGCCAGGAACACAAGCUGCUGCACUUCCCUAAAGCUACCAUGCGGGGGCAAACGGAACUCUUCUCCAUUAGACAGUGGGGGGAACACAAAGGCUGUCGUACCAGAGCCGGCGAGCGGAAAACCAACGUUUUUGACACGAACAGGCGAAAGGAUGCACAUGGGCUCUCCCGGCUGACAUGAUUGAAUAGGCCUGCAUAUCUGAAUGGAUAUUAACUUUCAACAUCACCCUAACAGACUUUCCGCCUAUUUGGUUUCGGUAUGUAAACUUUAAAUCAAGAAAACCUGAAUGUAACCCGGUGGUGACUGGAAUGAGUGCCUAGCUUGUUGGCUAACCUGUUAGCAUGCUACCCUCCAGGUGCAGAGACAGAUCAGACUGUUAUGUUGAUUUAUUUUGUUGAAAUGUCUUAUCUUUAUGUUACAUCUCAAACAGAUGCAAAGCUUAUCUGUACUACCUGCUCACUAUUUGUAUACUGUUGCUUGCCCGGUGGUCCCACGUGUGCGCCUGUAUAUACGAGGUGUCUUUUGGUGUCCUGGUUAUUUAGAAGAUUUCAAAUUUUGGAGCAGAAAUUGAGGGAAACGUUUAUAUAGGAAAUAUUAACCAUGGGAUGUUUUAUUUCACAUCACUCUUGCAUAGUGUGCAGUAGGACUGGGCGACAUAGGAAAAAGUUUAUCACGAUAUUACGAUGUUUUUGUCAUAUCAGUCGAUAUCGAUAUACAUAACGAUAUAAAAAAGUAACUCGUCAAUUUUAAAUGUUCCCUCUUUAGGGUUGGGUAUCGUUUGAUUUUAAACAUUUCCGAUUCUUUGUUUCGAUUCCAGUUCCUAACGAUUCUUUAUCCCGAUUCUUUUAAGAGGCAGGUUGUUAAAAAAUGCAUGGUUUAGGGUCCUUGCACACCACGGCCGAUGCAAAUAUACGACACAAAAUUACGAAAUAUUCUGAGGUGAAUUUUGACGCGCCUGACUAUACACAUCAAGCACAAUGCGAUUUUGAGACUUUCCGGGGGGGAAAAGACGCAUCCCGAGUGGAAGCGAGAAGACUGACACAACAGCAGACUGAGUGUUUCUUCAGUUCUGAUUAGACUCUAGUGUUGAGAUGACUGUCUGUCAUGAUAGCACUGAGUCGGGGCCAGUACCAGAUAAGCACAUUAAACUAUAAUCCAUAAACGUAAGGUAACAACCGAGACCUAACGCAACGCGAUUGAGUUUGAGACAGUGAAAAUACAUAUGGUAUGUUGUAUCUGAACAGGUUAAGAUACGGAUGAAAGUUAAAACAAAGACGUUUAGCAAACUGUUAAAGCACACAAACCAUCGUCAUAUGAGAGAUCCGACGCUAUGACUCUCCACAAGUUGUCCUUCAGGGCGUUAUCUUUCUUUUUUAUCAUAAAGCACUCUGUUCUCCGACACGUAAACAAUCAGCCGGUCGGCCAUGCUUGGAUAUACCAGUGAAUCAGACAUCACAAAAACACAAGUGGACACACCGGAGUUCUUUUUGGAUGAAAUUUCUGAAAUUCUCCAUGAAUUUUUAAAUGAUAUUAACUUUUUAAGAACUUUACUAUGAAUUUCUCUCAGGGCUGUUUUCAACCAGUAUUUAAAUAUCAAUUUUUGUUGUCAGGUUGUUUGUCUAUGAAAAAGUACGAGGGCUAACGUUAGCUAACGAAAGCUGACCCACCGUACACAGAACAAUUAGUUUGCCGCUUCAUAGUUAGCAGAAGACAGAAGGAAUUUAUUGUUUUACUUUUCUGAUUCUGGCUGGUUAGUGGAAGAGCAGCGAAGCACGUCAAAGAUGAGCACUCAGGUAUUUCUCCUCCAUGAAUCCUGAGGUGUUUAAUCAUGUUGGUCGUUCACCCUUCUUUGUAUGACAUAACUGUGUAGCUAAUGUUGCACUGAGAUAAGAAUUCAUUCUUCCUGCUAAAGUUAGCCAAACCUUUGACUGCAGCCGCUGUGAGCUGCAACACACUCUCUCUCUGUCCCUCUUCUCUCUCGUCUUAUACACUUCGUCCACAUUGGUGUUCGGCGGCUAUUUCUUCCGGUUGGCGGACUCCAGCAUCGAAAGUUUUAAAAUUUCAACGGUUCCGGGAGAAUCGAAAUGUUAGUUCUGGUCCCCAUCGAUACUCAAGACUCGAUGCCCAACCCUAUCCCUGUUACACUUAAAUAUAAUUUAACAGUGCUUAUUGGUAGCGUGUCUUUUGCAGUAGAAUAAGCUACUGCAUCUGUGAGGACUUUGUUUCUCUUUGACGUCUUGUCGUAAGGCGUUGCGCUAGAGAAAGCGGAAUGGUCAGCUGUUUCGUCUGCACAGGUGCUCACCGACAGGGCUGUGGGCUUCACAUGUUAAAGUGCUAUGGUUGGGUGUAGCUGCAGCCUGCUACUACGCAGUUGUUUGCUACUUGGUUUUGAUUCAGCGCAAAGAGGACCCGGAGCAACCCCACUUUUCACUGACGAUUCGUAUAGUCCACCAAAACAUGGCAGAGGGACGGCAAUCGAAAAGCAUAUUGACCAUGUUUUAUACUGAUAUUGAGGGAAAUUUUCAAUAUCAUUAUUGUUUAAGCGCCCAGCCCUAGUGUACAGUGAGUACACUUGCAUUAAUUCAGCGUAGGAGAAAGCUGAUGGUGGGUUUUCAGGGCUGAUACCAGUACCGAGGAGUUUAUUAGACCGACCACCAGAAUUGAAACCAUCUAUCUUUGUCUAAAUGAAGAAUGUUGACCUGUCAUUCAAUUUAAAGCUACUUCAUAAAUACUCAUCUAAAAGAAUCUGCAUUUGUUGGGAGGACACUACAUGAGACAGAGUGGUGAGGGAAAACAGACCUAGAGGGAAAGACUCACCUGCAGCAGAGCCAAGGUAGUGCACUUUUUAAUGAAUUGAUUUAAUCUGUAAUGGGUACGCUAAAACGCUGAUACAGAUGCCAGUCUACCCAAUGAUGGACCAGGCCAAUAAUUGGUCUACCUUUAUUACAGUGCUUUGAAAAUCAGGCUGAUUUAGGCGUAUAAUAAAAAAAAACCCUUCCUCUUAUGCACAGUUUUAUGUCAUAUGCUUCUAGAGAGUAGAUGACUACUAUUACAUUACUAACUUUGAUACGCAUAGUAACAUACUGUGCUGUGCUGUAUUUUUUUUCAUCAGCUUUCUCGGAGGUGAGCCAGCGUUCAGUGACAUGGUAAUAUUUUUUGAAUGGACCGCAAUGGAGCCGAAGAGCAGCUGUGGUUUGCCUGUGACUGAAGACACUGGUUUGGAGGCUUCGGCCUCAUCACUGGCGGGGUAUUUGGGAAAAGUCAGUAGUGCUCAUGUUUUCCUCUUGCAGUGUCACUUGCGCAAAGCUGAAUUAAAAAAAAAAAAAAAAAAAAAAGAAUCCAAUCUAAAUCAAAAAAGAGUAAGAACUCACACGGAAAUCUUUGAUGUAAAAGGCGAAAGUUUUCUGGUAGAUUUGAUGACUUUGGUGAUGUGUGAAAUCCGAAAUUGAGCUGUUUGUCAUGUUUUGCUGAAAAUGAAACUUGUUUAUCACAUACACAAUAAUUUUUUAUUACUAUAUAUGUAUAACACUUACUUUUGAUUAACACCUACUGAAUCACCUCAUAUAUAACUUACAGCUUCCCUUGUUUUCUAUUUACACUAGUUAAUAAGCAAAGAACUGAAGUCUAAAUAAAUCUGAAAAACCCAAUUAUAACUUACUGCUACUUGUAGGAAUAAUUUUAGCAGGACAAUUUAAGAAAGAAAACAACCUUUUUUUCAGUGUUUAUUACCUCUUAUGACUCAUGUGCACAUACAGCUCUUCAGUGUGACAGUAAGAGUUUUAAAGUGGUUUAUAAAGUUGUGAUAGCUUUGAUUUGAAAUGGAAACAAUCACAUAUUGACAUUUUAACUCUUAACUUUCUAUGACCUAAAUGUUUUUCUAAAGGUUCAAGAAAGAGCUUCCUCUCUGGAUUACUGCCCCUGGUGUACUUCAAAGGGCUUGACCUCUGCUCUGCGCUCUUACCGCAUCAACCUCCAGGAGUCCAUCACCCUCUGUACAAACCCACUGGUAAGUCAUACGACUGCCGUCUCCCUCAGACAGACACAUAUGUUUCUAUAUAUAAAAGCAGGGCCUUUUACAUGAAUUAUUUUUAUCUUUUGCCAACUGGCAUCUUGACCUUUUCAUUUCCAUUCCCACACAGUGCCUUUUCCCUCUGGUCAGCCGGUCCUUGGAUGAUGUUUUGGCCAGCUUAGUUCCUGUGGAGCCAUCUGUUGGCAGUAAAAGGAAAAAUGUCUUGGCACUGGAGGGGGAAGAGUUGAUUAAACCCUUACACAAACGUCUGCGGUACAGUCAACAUGACACUCACCAUCAACAAAGUUCUGCAGACACACUUGACAGCCAAGCAGAGCAUGCUGAUGUAAACAUUUUGAGUAAUGGCCAACACGCAGCAGUUAAGACAGACACCGCGCAGUCCAAUGGACACCACAGGGAUUGUCUGGAUGCAGAGAGAGGGCAGAGAUCACAGCAAGAGGAUAGACUGGAAUCUUUAGACAAGGAACCAGAAAAUGUGUCUGCCUUGAAUGGUUCUGUUUCCACAUGCUCAUCCUCAGCUGGAUACCUGCAGAGCUCACCAGACACUUUGUUGAUCACUGAAGAGAAUGAGCAUGAGUCAGAGAAAAAGGUGGAGAAAUCUCCUGAGAUCCAAAACAAAUGCUGCUCCGAUGAGUCUCUUUUCGUGGAUGGGGACAUGCGUUCAGUCAAAUUCAAUACACUACCCCUUCGGCACGAUGAGCAGACAGCUAAGGUGGGGAUGAAAUCAUCACUAGAUGCAGACAGUGGCACAGAGUGCGUUCAGUCAGAGGCAGAAACUAGGAUUAUGGAGUCAUCUGAGCUUGUAGCUGUUCCCAGUCAGCAUUUCUGGAGGAACAGCAACAAACUGUGCUGGCUGGACUCACUACUUGUUGCUUUGGUAAACUGUAAGAGUUUGAAGAAGUUAAAGCCUGAAGUUGAGCCUCAGCAGUCUACUGUGUGGCGGCUGCUGCAAAGGUAUGAAGAAAUUUGUGCUGCCGUCCAGGUCCAUCAUCAGACUGGGAAAGGUAAGUAACACACAUCAUUUACAAUUGAUUUUUUCUUAUGCACCUAGUGCCUCUAAUUUGUAGUAGUAUGUUUAAACUCAACAGAGAUUUAAUGCUUUAUUAUUUGGCUCACGUAAUUUUGGCCAAAAAAGUUUAACUCUUUUUGCCACUUAAAGCUGAGUCACUGUUUGGUGUCCCGUCUUUAUGCAGACUGUUUGUGUUUGCUAUUUUCGGCCCUUUGUUGUGAGCUUGAUUUGACAGGAAGAUUUUUCAUUAGUGACUCAUUCAAAUCCUCGGGUAGCUGUUAAAAAACUGAUUUAUUUUACUGGUAUAUGUGGGGUUCAGAAUCAGUUAUUUAGUUUGGUUGCAUGGAUGCUCCCAGUUUCAGAAAGUAAGAGCAAUAAGAAAAUUUUAGGUGAAUCUACCAACAGGUAAGGAACAAAUUUCCUGCAACAUGCCGAUCAGCUAAUUGGGUUUAAGUCGUAGAAGAGCAUCUAUGUGCUGUAUCCACAAAUACUACCAAAACAAGUAAGGGUUGAUACAUUUUCAAACAGAGUGUGCACUUAGAUCGAGAAAAGUGUUUCGGUUGGAGACUGUGAAAAUGAGCUAAAGUGUGUGGUCGGCCUGGCUCUAUCUGUUGGAGCUGACAGCUAACCUUGGCUUCUGAUUCUGUUCCUAAAGGGUUUCUGAUCAAAGGGGAUAAGAUGGCCAGCAUCCCCUGUUGCCAUUGCACUAACGAUUGACAAAUAUCUCAUAAAAUCCUAAUUAAAACAUUGAAUUAUCACUCAAACCAAUAUAAAACAGUAUUAAAGGUCAUUAGAAGUUUAGAAUGAACAGGACUAUUUGAUUUGCAAAGCCUGCUGAGAAAGAAAAGAAAGAAAAUCAAAGAAAAAUGGGGAAAAAGGUUUCCUCACAACAAUUAUUUGCACUCAUACAAAUAACCCCACAUAUUUAUGGGGGUUUAAAAUUCCAGGAGUAUAUUCAACCCAAAUAACAGAUUUUGAGCCCUAAAGCAAUACUUAUUGUCACAUCUGUGGUAUUUUAGGAUUUAAGGCAAUGGUUUUCUGUACAGUUCAUUCGACUGUUUUUUUUUUUCUAGAUGGCGUUGUGAGGGUUCCAAAUAAUGUUCUGUGCAAGACCACUGAAGACCUACAUAGUCUCAGGAUGUCGAUCUUUGAACUUCUGCAGCCGAAGCUGCACUGCAAACUAGGUAAGCUUACUCAAUGCAUUAUGACAUGAAACGACCACUAAAAGAUAAUGUUUGAAUUCAUUAAAUGUUAACUUCUCCUAAAUGGAUAUGCACCAACCAGCUAUAACAUUGUGAAUACCUGGACAAUCUAAUGCUUUCCAACACAACAGCUCCUCAAACUUCAAGCUUUUAGUUCUUGUUGACAUGAUCAGUCAGGUGAUUGUUGUUGCUGAAUUUUUCUUUUUGUAGUGGGUAGCAGUGGUGUAACAAAGUGUGUUAUCUUGAAAGGUGUUUCUAAUAUGUCGUCCACUUCAGCAACAACUAUGAGAAAAACAAAAUAUCAGUAGCACCUUCAAUAAAACGCAAAUUCAAACAGUAGAAGAAGAAAGGUAGAGUUUAUGGUAGAGCUGUUCGAUUGGGUUGAGUAAUUCUUCUCAGCUGUUCAUCAUGUUCUUGCUGAAUGAUGUAUGUCAGAGCUUAGAGAGGUUGAUUAUCCACUUUGUACCUCUUUUGAAUUUUUUUGUGAUAAGAAAGGCCGUAGAAGAAAAAAACGCCCCACUCUUUUUUUUUUUACGCCUCCUUUUUCUUAACCUCAUAUGGGGAGUGUGCAAAGUGGCAGCUGCACGUCUCCAUUCCCAAAGGUUUUACCCAUUUUAGAAAAGGUUUUUGAUGAUAAACUUUAUAUAUAUUUAUAUAGCACCUUUCAAGAACAGUUGUCUCAAAGUGCUUCACAGUCCUCAAUUAAAAAGGAUUAAACAACGACACAUAAACAUAAACAAAUAGCAGACUAGCAGCCAAGUCCUGGUCAUACAAAGAGAGGUCUAAACAAAUGAGUCUUCAACUGCUUUUUGAAAGCAUCCACAGUGUCCACAGUUCUCAGUUCAAGAGGGAGACGCUCCCAAAGUUUCAGAGCAAACAACUCAAAUGCACAGUCUCCUUUAGUUAGGAGUCUGGUCUGAGGGACAAACCAGUGAACCCUGACCAGAGGACCUUAGAGUCCUGCUGGAGCUAUACAGCUUCAGCAGGUCUCUGAUAUAAGAUGGAGCGCGUCCAUGCAAAGCUCUGUACACAAUCACAAGUAAUGUAACUUUGAUUCUGCAUUAGAUGGGGAGCCAGUGUAAAGACUUGAGGAUGGGUGUGACAUGAGACCGUUAGGAUGAUUCUGUCAGGAGCUUAGCUGCAGCAUUUUGAACCACUUUUAGGCGGUUCAAAGACGUGACAUUUAGACAGGUGAACAAAGGAUUACAAUAAUCCAGACGCGAUGAAAUGAAGGCACGAACAAUCAUCUCAAGCUCAUUCUUGAACACUAGGGGUCUGAGCUCGGAUAUAUUUCUUAAAUGAUAAAAGGAUGAGUGAUCCAGUUCAUGACCUGGUCCUGGUCCAUUUUGUUGUUCAAAUCAAACAGAGGCAUCUGGAAAAACAGAUUUUUGUUAGUUGUUGUUCUUUUUCAUGUCCUCUCGAGGUUAGAAAGGUGAGAACUGAAUAAUCCACAGAGUUUCAGAGAAAAUAAUGUCCAAAAAAUGGACUGUAGUUUGAAGCUAUCCACAGUGAUAGCAAACAUAUAUCAAAGACCUUUUGAAACAUGUGCCAAGCUACUGUGAGAAAGGAGGAGAUUUCCGAGUGAGAUUUCUUUUUAGACUCCACAGCACAGAGGCUCUCAGGGCCCCUCAAGCCUUCUGUUCAUGAAUAUUCAACUUCAUAUAGUGAAAUGACACUUUUUUUUUUAAACCAAACAAACUAUAACAGUGACAAGUCAAGGUAAAGGUGAAGAGUCGUUUUGGUAAAUUGGUAGGCAUGUUGAGAUAAGGUGAAAUAUUCCAUGUAUGAUCUCUAAACAGUUAACUAGCUCAUACACCUUUUCUGUAAUUUUCUACUUUGGCAUGCAGCUUUCUGUAGUAUUGAGUAAUGAAUGCUUGUUAGUAACCCAGGCUUGUCUUAUUCUUAAUAUUUCAAUGUGAGCAUACUCAUAACAGCAGAAAGUGACAAGGCUGGACAUGUACUUCUUGAAUCAUUUCUAAAUGUUGAUAAAUGAGGAAACAAGCAGAGUUUUUGCACACUUAAAAAAAUCAGAAAGGCAGGGUUGGAGAGCGUGAAAGGAGAGCAGCCAGAUUAGAAUAAAAUACUUCUUUUUCAGAUUUAAUUAUUUAAAUACUUUUUUUUAACUACUAUUUUACUACUUUUUUCCUCUUCCUUUUAAACACAUUUUAAUAAAUGUGCCAUGUAGCUGCUUAAAAAAAGAGAUGCUGCCAAACAAAAUUUGGUUGUAUUCCUGUACAAUGACAAUAAAGCUUCUUCCUUUUCUUAAAAUAACCUUGAGCUGUGGAGUGUAUCUGCAGCAUACACACCUGGGUGAAAUUUCUAACUUCUUGUUUGUGCUUCUCAGGUCAAAGAGAGACGCCGGUGUUCGCCAUGCCGCUUCUGCUUACGAUGGACUCAUGGGCCGAGCCUCUCUUCCAGUCGACCUUUCACUGGGAGUUCAAGUGCAGUAAAUGCAAAGUCGCCACGACAGAAGGGUAGGCGAUGAUAACUGCGUGAUAGGUUACUAAACAUUUUACCUGGCUGACAUAUUGAGACUGAAAAGAAGAAAAUACACAGAAAUAUGCGAUACAUAGUGUUUGACAUUAACUGGAGGGAAUUCACUCCUCCUUGGGCUUGUAUGAGACGCAGAAAUAAGACAAACAAAUGAAUCAAGUUCCAUGUAAUAACAGAGCUUUCAACUUCAAGACGGACUCUGAUGAAAAUCAGGUUUUUUUUGUUGUCUACAAGUUCAUAUAGCAUUUUUCUGAUGCUACAGGAUAUAUAAUCAGAAAAAAAGUGUGAAAUUGCAUUUCUGAGUAUUUCUGCAUUCAAAUCGCUGUGAAUCUCAGGCUCAGACACAGUGAGAUUUCCUGCGUCACAGCUGCAAGCUCCGCCCCCGGAGCCCCUCUAUGCAGGCCAGACUCAGAGAAGUAAAAAGGACAAUCAUAGAACAAGCGUAUGCAUUAGCGGAUUGCAAUGCUCGUAAGAAAGCUACUUAUGAUAUAAACUUUAAUAUCCCCAAAGACAUUGGUGUCCGAGAGCUGAAGAGCUCCUAUGUUACCUGCCACUUCUACCACACCGGCAAUGUUAGACUGCAACCUAACAUGAAGACGAGUGUGCAGAGCAGCGCUGUCUCCGCCCACGACUCAGAAGCGAAUUGUUGGUCAUGAGCUACUGGAGCUCUGCAGCAGAAAAGCCUUUAAAAACGACACAGGUAACGUGAUUGUGGCUAAAAACUUCAUAAUCACAAUUUAAAGACCACUGAGAACACUUUGAGCAGUAAAAAAAAAAAAAAAAACAAAGAUCAGAGUGGGACUUUAAAAUGAUCACUUGAUCAAGUCUAGACAAGAGGUCAAGAAGAUAGUCUGCUCAAAAACAUGAGAAGAGGUAUAUUUAUGCUAUUAGACCAAGUUAGUCAGUUACACUUUAAACGUCUGUUUAAAUGACAAAGAAAUUAGCCGCUUUGGAACAUCCUCAGUCGGCACAAAUUCCAUCAACGUGUGUUAAUAUCUUAGUUACUCCAAGUGACUUUCAUUGUUACAGUGAAAACACAGCAUUAUUUUUAAAAAUAAUAAUUACUGAAAUGCAUACACAAAAUAUGCCCUCUGUUUUCUUUUUGUUAUAACCUUGAUAUUAGGGUUUGUUCAACGUCUUGAAAGUUUGACAAAAGCACAAUUUUAACCAUUCACCUUUCUUGGAAAAUAAUUGUGGCUUAAAUCCCCAGAAAGUAUUUAAUUCUGAACAUAAUUUUAGUGUUUCGUGCACAUAGUUGCUCAUGUAAAUCAAAUAUCUUAAAUAUCAUCAAAUCAUAAUAUUUAUUUGUUGUCUCCUGGCGUCUCAUGCCAGACAUGGUGCGCCAGCUACCAGACAACAGGUGGAAUCUGUUAUUGCUUCAUCCACAUGCCAGAUGCCAUUUUUAUGCCAACUGCUUAGUAAUAACAAAUAAAUAACAAAAAAUUGUCCUUCGGCCCAGAGCCGUAAAAAAGUGAGCCUUAAAACUCACUGAGAAAAUUCUGCCAAUCAUUCCAGAAGGAGGAAAGUUCUGGGUUAAAUACCUUUUUAAAGGUGCCUGAAUGUCAUUCUUCAAAAUACAGAGUGCUAAUGAGAUCAGGCUACUUCAGUGUUUUGUAGGAAAUACAAUAUUCAUCUGUGUUUGUGUGCAGAAGAAUUUAUGGGAGAGAAGGGAAAUGAAGUGAUAAGAAGGUAGGAUGGUUGAGUUUAGGACUCAGAAGCUCUCGUACUUGUCCUUUCUGUGUAUACUUUAACAUGACAAAUACAGUAAUGUAGUAUCAAUAUCAAAUAUCAAAUAUUCUCUGCAUGUUCAAGAGAGGGGCUGCAUUAAGUGACAUCAGGGCGACUUUAAUUGACUGGUGUUGGCAUGAUUUAUUUCAGAGUAUAUGGCUAAUAUCAAAUGUCCUUUAGUGUGACAACAGUGCAGUUUCAGUGGUCAACAGUAUAUCUUUAAGUACUUGCAGGCACGGAAAGUUUGGUUAUUUUCUAGGUUACAGUGUCUCGUAUGCUCAUCAUAACAGCUGACAUACUGCUAAUAGUGAAAAGUGUAAAGACUCCAGUUUACAGUUUGAUUGUACGAAUGGGAAAAAUGGUCAAUCAUCUGUCAAAUGAUUUCUAUUUGCUUCUGUUUUGAGGGAAACUUGAAUUACAGUGGGUGCCAGUCUUUUACACACGUUUAUGCUUUUGUUAAAUAGCUUCAAUACAUGCUGUUUUUUUUUUUUUUUUUUUUUUUUUAAGGGUUAUGAAAACUCUUCCCACUUUCACGAGCAUCUUACCCGAUUGGCACCCUCUUCAUGCAGUGCACUCGGCACCAUGUAACAUGUGCUGCCAGAAGAAACAGAGGAGGGAAAUGAUGCUGCAGAGGUGAGAAUAUCAAAACCGAUCAUGUGUUUGUACCUGCAUGUCUGUUUAUUAAAGAUGUUUAUGUAUAUCUCAAACUGUAGUUAUUACUGUAAUGUACAGGUGAGUUUUAGUCAGUAUUUGCUCAUGAUUGGACCUGCAUUUUCAAAGUAAUUACCCCUCCCCUCAGGACUGAUUAUUCUAGAGUUGUUGGGGCACAGAGUAAAUUAAUUAGAGUAUUCAGAUAGGGCCCUUUAAACAAACAAUACUGACUGUUGAAUAAUUAAUGAACCUACAGAAGCAAACUGUCUUCAGAACAUCUAUGACAUAUAUAUGAUCUGAUGUAGUAUUCAAUCACUAUCUGAGGUCUGAAGAGCCAUAAACAAACCUCAACCAAAACGCCACUCUACAGCCACAAAAAAGGCUCAGAACAGCACCUAACUUCAUCAACAGCACAUUUAGGGUCCCAGCCAUAGUACUAGCCACCAAACAUCUUUUUAACUUCGUCAAUUUUUUUUUAGCUAAGAGGCUAAACACAACUCACCUACUCUCUUCCAGCAGUAGCUUGUUUGUAGUGAGACCUCAGACCAGUCCAUCACAGACUGCUGCGGGGUGACGCAGCUCAAGGAAGAACAUUUAUGAUCAUAAAUUAAUGUUACGCUGGAAUAUCUCUUUAAUGUGAGGAUGACCCUCUCUCUCCACCCAGAUAAUGCAAUAAUGUAGUUUUCUUUUGGUAUUCUCUUCCACUGUAAAGGAUAAUAAUUUUACUGUUUUUGCUGCUUGAUGGACCAAACAACAAAACUGAAUGAAAAAUAGUAGACGUAAUUUAAAAUACAAACAGUUCCAGCCCUAAUUUAAAGAUAACACCUUUGCCCUCUGCUUUCCCCUGACUAAACUUUGUCUUUGUUUUGUUUAGUGUGUCUCCGGUUUUCGCUCUUCACUUUGUCGAUGGGCUUCCUGACAAUGACGUCAGAUUGUACACCUUCACCUUUAAGGGGAAACGCUACUCAGUCACUACUAUCAUACAAUACAAGCAGCACCUAAAGCACUUUGUCACCUGGGUUCGUAAUCCUGACGGUAAGUACUGAGAUUGAUUGCGUUCAGACAUGCUGUUUCAUAUCGUCUUUUACUGUUAUCUAUGUAUUUUUUCUGAUUUGAAGAGAUGUCACAAUAAACUCGAUAAAUUACAAAGUCAUGUUACGUCUUGGGUAAGGGUAUUUGUUAGAAUAUUUCUGCAGAGAAAACUAAAGUACCAAAGAAACUUAUCUGUUUUUCCUGCUCUGCAUUUAUCAGUCAGAUAGAUUUCUGAUGGUGUGAAACCACAGACUCUGUAGCUCUUAGCUGAGUCACAUGAAGGGUGAUAGAUUUAUUACUUGACAGUGUAGUUUGCCAACAGCACAUUCUGCUGGACAACUCAUGCACUGUUACAUUAAUAAACACUCCAUCUUUUUUACGUUGUGUUUCAUUUUUAAUUGUAAAUUGUCUGCUUUUAGGUUUGACCUGUAUUUCUUCCUUCAUCUUAUAUCUUAGCAUCACUAUGAGUCCUGUUUUCUCUUAUGAAAAAGGUGUCCCCUCUUGUUAAAAUCUCUGAAGGAGUUGCUACCACUACCCCUCACUUGAAUAUUUGACUCUGAAAAUGCAAACAAAAGCUCCUUCAGCCGUCCGAACUAUACUUCACCAACCUCAUAGCAGCUGUAACAAGCAUCACAAUAACCGUACUGAAAUAAUCCUCCUGCUGAUUGUUUAUUUGCUUUUCAACCUCGGGUCGUAUUGGGACAUGGCUGUUGUCUGUCUGUCUGUCUGUCUGUCUGUUUUGUAACCAGUUUUAGACACUGUCACAAUAUGCUGAAGUAGAUCAUUUAUAAGAAUAAGAUAUAUCACCAGAGUAGUUUAUGUUAAGCUUUAUUAGAAAUGAAACUUCCUCUCGGAUUUAUUUCAGUGUGUUUACAUACAGCUAUAAUUUGCUGACACUAUAUUGUUUCGGAUCUGUUUCCCUUCAUACUCACAUCAGACCUCUUCACCUCCUGUUGCUGAUCUUCACCUGCCUGUGUCUGAUCUGUGUACUGACAUCUCUUAGCAUCUUCAUAGGAAGACGCCCAAACAGCACAGCUCGCACUUUUGCAUGUUUCACUCGAUAGUAAAUGAUCCGAACAGGUGAUCUAUGUGUAGAAGAGGCUGGUUAAUUACUCGUUAUUCUGCAGCAAUCCAAAGCUCAGAUCUUCUAACACAGCAGUUCAUAUUAAGCAUAAGACCUCACACUUCAGUCACCGGAUUAACAGCAGGGGCGUUCUGUCGGACCUCUUUCUGAUCAGCUGCAGGGCAUGUGUCAGACCCUGCUGGUUAUCAGACAGGAGAUGCGGGAAGGCAGUGACAGGCCGUCUACUCCAUAAAAUGAGAGCUGCCGUCUUGUUUCAAUGGGUAAAACGUCAAAGUGGUCUACAUUUUGCUUCGGUGUUGUCAGUGUAGGGGACAAGAUACAAAAUCAAAACACCGAGUUAGACACCCCCGUAAGUAACGACAGCAGGAUAGCAAUCCACAGCAAUCUAAGAGCCAUAAACAAACCUCAACCAAAACAGCAGUCUGUAAUGGACUAGCCCCCAGGUCUCGCUGCAAACAAACGGCUGCUGGAUGAGAGUAGGUGAGUUGUGUUUAGUCUUUUUGCUAAAGAAAUUAGGCAAAGUUAAAAAGAUGUUUGGUGGCUAGUGCUGUGGCUAGAACCGUAUAUGUACUGUUGAUGAAGUUAGGAGCUGUUCUGAGCAUUAUUUGUAGCUAUAAAGUGGCGUUUUGGUUGAGGUUUGUUUAUGGCUCCUCAGACCAUUGUGUAUUGCUAUCCUGCGGUUACCACUAAAGUUGGUAAAACUAGAGAAGCAAGUGGUCGGCAACAUUCAUCUCCCAAGGGGGUGUCUAACUCAGUGUUACGGUGUGUUUGACCCUAACUCAAUUUUACGCCGGAAUAUCCCUUUAAAUCAGUGCUGCUUUCUUGAGGUAACUGUGGCUUGUUUUGUCAUCUCUUGAAGGAUCCUGGGUCGAGUAUGACGAUCUAAAACAUCCAGACUCUAAGACUCAUCGGAAACUCUCGGUCCGUGGUCCAGAGAUGCACAUUGUCUUCUGGGAGGCUGAGGACGAUAAGGAGUCUCGAGCCUGCUCCCCCUCCAGCACAAUUGCUGGAUCGCCAUCUGAAAACGAAACGUGCAACAAAGACCUGAGAACAGAUCAGCCUCAGACUCACUGUCCAGAGCAGUCCAUUGUAACCUCUCACAAUGACACGGACAUCAUGUGCGCACUCACUGCCACUGAAGACACAGCAACUGAUCUUGAUGCAUCGAUAGGUUCGACAACACUGUUGGACACCUUCAAGGGUCUUUGCCAUAAUGACAUUGUAACGCUCACACUUGUGGAGUUAAUGCCUGAUUCAGAAACACAGCCUUUGAAUGACAUCCAGCAAAAGCAGGAAUUGGAUGUUUCCCACAGGAAUGAAAUUCUGGACUCCACACCAGAUAGCUCUUCCACUGUGAGAUGCAAUGAAAUGUCCCACACACCUGAUGCUGUGUCCCCCACUACCACCAACUCCUCUGAAUCUGAAGACAACUUGUCCAGUGAUCCCACAUUUGUGCCAGGUACAAGAGAAGAAAGGAAGAGAACAAGAGGAGCUGGCAGAGGUAAACCUGUGAGCAAACAAAAUGCUAAAAAGGGGGCCUCAGGUAGAGUUGCUUCACAUGCUUCUGUGUCCUCUCAGCCCCUUAAAGUGGUCAGUAAAGAUCCCGAGAUUGCUCCUGCUCAGGCUAAUCCUCAGGUGGAAGCUACACCACAAGUGUCCCCCAUAUCCUCUACUGGUUCUACACCCCUGUGCAGAAGUAAGGUUGAUCCCACAAUCCCAACAAUGCCAGAUCACAGUGCCCGCUUGUCUUUUCUCCUCAGCCAUCACCCACAGCACCAAGUUCAGAAGUCCGUUCCUAAACACCCUCCCACUUCACUCACACAAGUAAAGAAACCCACCCCUCCUGCUCACUCCACACCAAAUAUUGCGAGGAAACGAACUGUGUCCCCCAGACCGCAGCUGAUGACAGAGAAGAGUGAUGGUCUCCCGAUCAAAGCUGCAGAAAUGUACGGCGCAUUCGGUGCAAAGACCGCAAACACGCAGACUCUGCCGCUUCCCUGCGAUAAUUCCAGCCCAUUUCAGCCCCCUAAUCUACUCACCAACACAACAGCGAUGUCUAGAACGCCACUUCCUGCUCUUGGACAAAAGGCUCUCCCUGAAAUAUGCUCAAAGAAACAUAGCAGCCAGUCCUUGAAGGUUCCUCCCGGCCUCAGCACCACUGAAACCCUCAGGUUCAAGCUGAUAAAGAAGCUAAAGGCAAAGAAGAAGAAACUCGCCAAGCUGAAUGAAAUGUUGGGGCAUCAGGACGGGACCAGCUUCAGACCGGACAGCACGGACCUGAGCUCUCCUAACACUGUCACCUCCAGCACUUACGAUUCCUCCAUAUGCGACGACUUCCUCUCAGACCUGCUCUCACCAGCGACAACAGCCAGCAAUUUGUCGCCGGACAGCACAGACUUUCUCGAGAUGCUCACUAACAGGCAGGAUGGAGCCACCCAGCUGGACUGUGGGGUUAGUAAUGACACUGCCGCAUCUCAGAUAAGCACUUAUGUGAAGGAACCAUACGGGGGCGACUUUCUGGAGGACUUUUUGUCUCAGGCUGUGGCUCAGAGGCCUACUGUGGAGGAGACGGAAGCACUCAGCGGGCUUGAUUUAUUUGUUUGA